CAGUGCUUACUGCUUGCUCCGGCAAAGCUAGUGUUUCUAUUCUUUCUCAAAUUCACACAAUAAACCCUAAACUUUCUCUCUGCCGCCGCCCCAGUUGGCUCCUCCGGCCAACCCACCUCUCCGGUUCCCUACCCUCUAUCAUCGCCUAACAGGCUAGAUAUAUAAGGAGAUUCUUUGAAGUAUUUGUAACAAUAAGACCAAGCCGAGCUUGGAAAUAUCGUGGCAUGUCUCCUGCUCAACCAUUAAUGAACAUUGGAGCUAACCGUAAACCAAAUAUCACUGCACGAGUUGCACCUGAAAAGAAAAAUAAGGGUUUGGCAGCAAGUGUAGCUAUGAAGGGCUUAAGUUGCAGUAGUAAUUGUGAGGACAAUAUGAUGGGAUUUGAAGAUUUUAUCAAUAGCCAAAAUAAGGCUGCCAGGGAGGUAGAGGUUGACAUAACUGAAUGGAAAAAUAAUUCUGACAUGAGAUUAGCUGAGAGAGAGGACCCUGAGGCUACUGAAUAUUCAAGCUCAUUUCAAGACACUGCAUCUGAAGCUGAGAAUUGUUCCGGAUUUAGUGAAGGCGAAGUGGAAUCACAAUUUUUCGGAGAUAAUGGCUUUGGUUCUUCAUUUGAUGCAUUUGGUAGUGUAUUUCAAAUGAGGAAAAAGAAAUUGACAAAUCAUUGGAGGAGCUUCAUACGUCCUGUGAUGUGGCGCUGCAAAUGGACAGAAUUAAGGAUCAAAGAAAUUGAUUCUCAAGUGUCAAAGUAUGCAAGAGAUCUUGCAGCAUAUGAUCAGGGAAAGCAUUCGAGAUUAGAACAAAUUACUACAGACGGGUUUUGUUCAAAGUCACUGCCAUUUUCACGUCAAUAUGGCAGAAGAAAGGCUAUGAAAAGGAGAAAGCGGAAGAAAGUUGAAGACACUACUGAUGCAACAUCAUACAUGUCACAACAUAACCUUUUCUCCUAUCUUGAAAAUAAAAGGUCAGAUCCUGAUAGCAGUUCUUUGGCUGAAGAAUUUGGUAAUGCAGUAACCACCGAGCAGAAUGUUGAUUGCAACGACAAACUCGGUACCAGUGAUGAUUGGACAUCGUUUGAGUUCAGAGAUAGUGAUGCUUCCAUGGAGCAAGUUCUUUGUAAUAUUGAGAAAGUGCACGCUUGGGUUCAGAAGUUGAAGGGUCAAAUAGACACAGUGAUGUCCAAAAAUGCUGCUAAGUUCUCUUCCUCAGAGAACUUGAGCCUUCUUGCGCCUUUAGAUGUUCAGACCAGCUCAGCUCAUAGUCCUGCAUUUUCUACGGGCAAUGCAGAUGCUGUAUCUGCUGGACCUAUGUACACUGAAAAUCAACAUAUAACGGACUAUGAUAUCGGUGAUCUCGUUCUUCCUGAAAGUGUUGUGUCAAGUUUUGGAGAAGCUGUCUCUGUUCCUGAUAUUAUUGAAAGCACUGUGGGACUGCUGUCUUCUGCUGAUGUCACACUUCAUCAACCACAAUUUGGAGAUUCAAGUGAGGAUAUUGUGGAUAAUGUCCUGAUACAUGAAGAGGCAGCGGAAGGAGAGAGAAGCACUUUCCAAAGGCCAAGCAAUCAACCACACGAGAACCACCGUCAACGUGAACAAGAGAUAUGUGGACAAGAAGCCAUGCAUCCUUCUAGUUCAAUUCCACCAUUAGAACAACCUGACCCUGCGUUAAAUGGCAAUGCUCCUAAUGAGCAAUCAACUCUGAAAUCAUGUCUAGCUUCCGAUGUCCAUUUUCCCAGAAGUAAAAGAAAGAGAGGCGAGCGGAAAGCUGGCUCGGUUGUUUGGAACAAGCGUUGCUCAGGCGACACCGAUAGCCAAUGAGCUAGAAAAAGGUUCCUCUAAUCUAAUGUAUCUGUACAUAUACCCUAAUGGUUUAAGAAUUUUGACAUAGUUUUCAUUCUUUUUUCCUCGACUUCAUAGAAAUGACUAUUUGUUCUCAGGUGAAAUAACAUCAACAUUGUGAAAGUAAGGAGUUAAUUUCUAUAUGGGCAUUCUAGUGACUCCUUGUUCCUUAGAUAUGUACUCAACUAAGGUUGAUUUUUCCUCAUUAUUGAUGUUGGUGAUUGUGUCAA